AUGGCAAAGCGGACAAUAUCGAAGAAAUACAGUGAGCACGAUGCUGCUCUUCGGGAGCCGCGUUUGUUGCAAUCGUUCGACGAACAUGCUGCCGAAAUAUACUGUGAAACUAUCCAAAACCGAACACAGCCACACAAGUCCUCCGCACCCCAGGAGCCUGUCCCAAAGGCUGCCCCAAAGGCUGGCACUCCUGUCCCAGUAGCCACAGCUCCGUUGCCCGAACCUGGAAGACAGGUAUCUACUAUGCCUAUAAACGUGGAGGAUGUGCCUAUUCAGUCCAGAGAUGUUGUUGUGGCAACAGUCGCGCAGAAGCUCCGAAAGCACUUCCUAGAUAUCGAUUGUUCCAAAUCGAUAGCGCAACUUUGUGGAGGUCGAUCGACAAUGGAGAACGAGCUUGUUGGCGACUUGUCCCUGAUCUUCGACCCGUUGCCUGACAGAGCAGAAGAGAUGGGAAUUUCGGAACUGUCACAGAUUGUAUCCGGGAGUACGUCGACCACGAAGCUAUUGACAGCUCAUGGAAAGCUUACCGCAUCCAUCUUCACGCAUAAGAUGCCUGGGGGUUUCACAAUAACGGAUGCUCGAAAGCAUCUGGAGGUGCAGUGGAGAUUGGGAGUUGGACGACAAAAUGCCAUACUGUUGAGGAUAGCAACAGAGGUUUUGCCCUCGCGACUCAAGACCAGGGAAGAGGCGACAAUGUUGCUGGACAAAAUAGCUGAAGCUUAUGCUGAUGAACAAGGAUUAAAACUGCAGCCCAUGACGGAAGUACCUAUGUCAGCCCCUACGACUAGCUCUAAAACGAAGGUUAUAAGCGGAUGCAGCGAUGUUGAACUCUACACUUCCAACGACAUCUCACUCCCCGAAAGCGAAGCACUCGUCAACGCUCAGAAAAUGCUCAAUAUUAUCAAGACGGAAAAUGAUACAUUGCAGGAAAAGAUGGACCUCCUCACCACAGAAUUAGGAGACGAAUUCAUCCAAGGAAUCUUACCAGCAUGGUCUCCUGCAAAAAUUCGGAAAUACGAAUCUUGCUGGAAUUGGGCUCUGCAAGAUCUGUUACUGCUACUUAACAGUAUCUUGCGUGGCGAAACAUCGUUGGACAACUCUGUAACACGCAGCACCUGCGACAUGAUCGUUCGCCGUUCGAAUGAUCGCCUGAUUGAUGUCAUGCGUUACAUGCUGAGCAGUAACAAACUGGCUGGAGAUGAACUUUUGGUCUCGAUGGCCAAGAGUGUAUUGGCCAUGAUGAUAGAAGACAGUCAAAACUGGCUUUCCUGCACCCAAACAUCAAGAUUCUUUGGCCAUGACUUGCACAACCCGAUCGACGCGUACGCGCAAGAAACACCAGGCUCGGACUCGGCAGAAGUGACAGUAAAAACACGUUCACAAGGCACCUGGGAGUAUGACACUUCACUCAUAGACCUGUACAGAUCAAGUCUGGCUUGUGUACGCGAAGACGGGUUAAGGCUCAAAGGAAAGACGGUCCUCUUAACUGGCGCCGGGCCUUCAUCUAUAGGACGAGAAUUACUACAGCAUCUCCUGGUCUCAGGGGCGCUCGUUCUCGUUGCGACAAGCCGUUUCUCUCCCACGGCUUGCCGUGAACUGCAAAGUCUUUACAUGAAGUGGGGAUCAUCCGGCUCACAGCUCGUCGUCUGUCCAUUCAACCAAGGCAGUAGAGGAGACUGUGAGAGCCUGGUUCGGUACAUUUUCAGCGGCAAAGCCAAAGGAGGACUCGGAUGGGACCUCGAUUUCGUUAUUCCUUUCGCCGCGGUGUCUGAGGAGGGGCAAAUCGAUGAGCUUGAUUCGAAGUCGGAGAAAGCCCAUCGCAUCAUGCUUACCAAUGUGCUGCGGCUAUUGGGGAGUAUCAAGCAGCACAAGCAAGCCGGUCCACGGAACACGAGCCCAGCCAAGGUCUUGCUUCCUUUAAGUCCAAACCACGGUGUUUUUGGCAGAGACGGAUUGUAUGCCGAGUCCAAGGCUGGGCUCGAGAUGCUUCUGAACAAGUGGUACUCGGAGGAUUGGGCAUCAUAUCUUGCUAUUUGCGGCGUCACGAUAGGAUGGGUUCGUGGGACAGGGCUUAUGGCUGUAAAUGAUGCUGUGGCUGCUGAAGUCGAGGUGAGAACUGGUGUCAAGACGUUUUCUCAGUUUGAGAUGGCUCAACGCCUCGCUGCUCUCUUGGUCAACCCAUUCGCUUAUGAGGUCGAGAUUCAGCCUGUCAAGGUUGAUAUAUCAGGUGGCAUGGCUGAUGCAACUAACCUGCGAUCAAUCUUGUCUGAUAUCCGCCGAGAAAUCAAGCAAUAUUCCGCUUCUACUCCGACUCAUCAACAUUUGCCAUCACAUCACCAUGUCGACGAACCCGAAAUAGGCAAGCCCCUGUCUUCCGUGUCACCAAUGGCAAAUCUGAAACUCAACUUUCCUCAACUGCCAGAUUAUGAAGACGACAUUAGUCCUCUCAAUACUCUUUCUGGUAUGGUAGACCUGGACCGCACUGUGGUCAUCACAGGUAUAUCCGAGGUGGGUCCAUGGGGAAGCUCCCGGACCCGAUGGGAGAUGGAGGCAUUCGGAGAGUUCUCCCUCGAAGGAUGCAUCGAAAUGGCUUGGAUUAUGGGACUUAUCACACACUAUAAUGGAAAGCUUGGAGAUGACGUGGGAGGCGAGCAGUACACAGGCUGGGUGGAUGCCAAAACUAAAGCUCCUGUUGCCGAUGUUGACGUUAAAGCCCGAUAUGAGGAACAGAUCAUUGAGCACUCCGGUAUUCGCUUGGUAGAGCCAGAGCUGGAUAAUGGCUACGACCCCAGAAAGAAGCAGCUGCUGCACGAGAUCGUUUUGACAAGGGAUCUGGCUCCGUUUGCUGCACCACCCGAACUCGCUAAGCAGUUCAUGCAAGAACAUGGCGAAAAGGUUGAUGCCAUGCCAGGAAGCAUUGAAAAUGAAGACUGGACUGUUCGACUGCGCAAAGGAGCCGUGAUCCUUGUGCCAAAGGCACUUCGAUUCGAUCGUUCUGCAGCCGGUCAGAUUCCUCAAGGCUGGGAUGCGCGCAGAUAUGGUGUGCCAGACUGGGCUGUUGAUCAAAUCGGGAGAGAAACACUCUUUGCGCUGGUAGCUACAGCCGAGUCGCUGCUAUCAUCUGGCAUUGUUGAUCCUUAUGAGCUGUAUCAGUACAUGCAUGUCUCAGAGGUUGGCAACUGUGUCGGAUCUGGCCUUGGCGGCCAACAGGCUUUGAAGAAAGCCUUCCGUUACAGAUACCAUGACAAACCAGUUCAAAGCGACGUGCUACAGGAGGUCUUCUCCAAUACUGCAGCAGCAUGGAUCAAUAUGCUUCUUUUGUCAAGUUCUGGCCCUAUUCGAACCCCAGUUGGAGCUUGUGCAACUGCGGUAGAAUCGCUGGAACUAGGUUAUGAGCUUAUCACUGCUGGUAAGGCCAAAAUCGCUCUCGUUGGUGGCCACGAUGACAUGACCGAAGAAGUAGCAUACGAGUUCGCCAAGAUGCGCGCCACCGUCAACACAGACGAGGAAGAAGCCCGAGGUCGCAUGUACAGCGAAAUGUCUCGUCCAAUGACAACAACACGCGACGGUUUCGUGGAAUCUCAGGGUAGUGGGAUUCAAGUCCUCGCUAGCGCCACGAUGGCCAUCAAGAUGGGUCUUCCAAUAUACGGAAUUGUCUCAUGGGCGGGUACAGCAAGCGACAAAACAGGUCGAAGUGUGCCCUCUCCCGGAAAGGGGACGUUGACCAACGCACGCGAGACCCAUGGCACAGACAAAAACCUUCUGUUGGAUAUCCACUUCCGCAAAGAUCGGAUUACGAGGCACCAACAGCAGAUUCAGGCAGAUCUGGAACAGGACUUGAAGUCUUUGGAACAACGGUUUGCUAUGUCAGGGAGCAUCACAAAGAGUGAAGCGGACAAGAUGAGUCUCUUUCUGCAUAAAGAAGCCAUCGAACGCAACAAACAAGUCCUCAAGUCUCUUGGACACACCUUUUGGACCUGUCACACGGAUAUAUCUCCUAUCAGGGGUGCUCUAUCGGCAUGGGGUCUUUCUAUUGAUGAUUUGGACUUUGUUUCGCUGCACGGCACAUCUACCGUUCUCAACGACAAGAAUGAAACUAGUGUGAUUCAAAGUCAACUUUCUCAUCUUGGCCGUACGCGAGGUAAUCCUGCCUACUGCAUCACACAGAAGUAUCUGACGGGCCAUUCAAAAGGUGCAGCUGGUGCUUGGAUGAUCAACGGUGCUCUCCAAGCUCUAAAUACUGGCCUGAUUCCUGGUAAUCGAAAUGCGGACGACAUUGCCCUAGAACUAGAGGCCAAUGACUUUCUGUUCUUUCCUCAUCAUGGCGUUCAGACAAACGGCCUUCGUGCUUUCUCCAUUACAUCAUUUGGCUUUGGGCAGAAAGGCGCACAAGCGAUCAUUGUGCAUCCGCGAUAUUUGUACGCUGCCCUUUCUGAUGCUGAAGAGUUUCAUCAAUACAGGAGGAGGUUGCAGGUCAGACAAAGACGAGCAACAAAAUUCUUCCAGAGGGGCCUUGCCACUGAGACGUUAUUUAUUGCCAAGGAAAAGCCUCCAUAUACUGAAAAGCAGGAAUCUCGUGUUUUACUGAACCCUGAGGCAAGGAUGGAGGGUCAACACUACAAGGAUGUUUGA